AGUUGGCAAUGACGUUGAUCAUUUGACGAUCAGUUAUUUUUGUUCAAUUUUCUAAUGUGUGAAAUUUACUUUUUAAAUUCUUAAAAUGGAAGUAGAAGACGAUAAUACUGCGGAUGAUAAUUCCUCUACAAUUUCUUCACUUGCGGCAGGCAAGCAAAUUUGCAUUGUUGGGGAAUGCACCUUGAAUAAAAGAAUUAUCGAAGCGGCAAAUAGUUUUGGUUUGCCAGUUGUUUUUGAAACCUCGGAUGCUGACUGGCAGAAAUAUGACAGUCCCACUGUGUUUGUUUUACCUGAAUUUCGAGAUUGCGAGAAAAUUUCAAAGCUGGGACAUAGUAUUUUCGGACCUACUGCUCUUUUGGAGCUUGCGGAGAAAAAAGUACCAAUUCCAUCUAUUAAGAGACCUCUCUACAGUCACGCAAUGGAUGGUCUAGUUGUUUGUUUUACUGGUUUCAGAGAAAAAAGCACUUUGGCUAAACUGAUGGCACUUGUGCAUAACAUGGGAGGGCAUAUACGUAGAGAGAUGGUUUCUCGUGUGACUCAUCUAAUAGCCCAUUGUUGUGGUGGUGAAAAGUAUCAGUACGCACUCACAUUUCGUGUUGCUAUCAUGAAUGAAAGUUGGGUUCAUUUCGCUUGGAGUAAUAGGCAUACUCCGUUUUUUUCUGCAACUGCUCCUGAAAUAGUGAAUGAACACAAAUUGCAAGUUUUCUCUGGUGCUAGGAUUUGUUUUGUUGGAUUUCCUGAGGAAGAGAAAAAUCAUAUGAUCGAAAUUUUGGAACAAAACGGUGGUGAACCCACUGAUUUGAAUGAUUCUAACUGCACUCACAUUGUCUUUGAUUCUGAGGAAACAUUUGAACUAUUGAGAACAAAGGUGGUGGUCCCGUACUCUCCCAAUUCUAUCCACCGCUACCCCACUCGAUCCUCCCAGCUUACUUUUCCAAACGCACCUAAGCAAAACUUGACUCUGACUCCAGCCAGCCCUAAAAUUCAUUUCAGUCCGUCAAGGAAAAAAGCAUCUACCCCUGCUAGUUAUAGCAUUCUGACCGCUCCGGCUAGUAAUAUCUCAUCAAUACUAAAUGACAGUCAUUCAUUCUCGACGCCCCUAUCCAUUGACUACAGCGCCUCCAGUCGUGUCCCUCAAACUUCGAAUGCUACAGAACAGAGUGAUUUGUCCUACGACACUGUAGAUGACGCCAAUUCAAGCCUCAAACGCCCAAGGAAAAAUAGCUUGGUCACAACUGGCAGUUGCAAACGAUUCAAGUCCUCCGACAACAAAAAUAUCUACUCUCUGAGCUCUAAUUGCAUUUUUGAUAGAAAUUAUUCACCUGUCGAGGACAUGAAAAUAGAAGGUACUCCACCAAAAUCUAUGGUUUCCACUGAAACGAGGAAGCUCAAAAUAUCAAACCGAUCUUUCAAAAACACAAGUUUUCUCCAUUGUAAACGAGGCCUCAACUUUGACUCUCCUGCAACCCGAAAAAAGCCCGAUUUCUUUGUUCCUGAACUGUCCUCUAUCAUCGAUUCUCCUCCUGAGACCUCUACACCGCCCCCUCCUAAGUUUAAAACUCCUCUUCCUCCAGUCACCUCCCCUGUAUUGUCUCCACCAUCGGCUUCAAGCUCAGUAUCUGCUCAACGCUCUUUGGUUGUUGAUGAAUCAAGAAUGGAUUGUUUACCUCCUGCAGCUUCAUUCCGUGUACACAUUGUCAAAGCUGAAUGGUUUUGGGCGUCCGUUCAAAACGAAGGGUGCGUGGAUGAAAAGGAAUACCUUUUGGAGGAUCAUUUAGAAAACCUCACGUCUCCAUGUGCAACACCAAACAUGAGUGGAUUGAACACAGGCUCGAGCAGCAAAAGAGGAGCUCGUAAAAGGAAGAGGCUUAGAGAUUGUCUGGUGCAGACCAAAGAUGCGUUGUCGCCCACGCAAUAUAAACGGCGUUCCUCGAUAAGCGGACGGUUAUCUUGUGGUUCUCUUCUUGAUUACACAGCUAGUCCAGAUUCUCAUCUUCAUGAUGAAGUAGAAAGCAGUGAAACACCAAGGAAGAAUCUAAGUGCCCGACAUCAAGUAUUCUUAGAAUUAGUACAAACUGAAUCAAACUAUGUCAACAUAUUGAACACCAUAAUGACAUUGUUCAAGAGUCCUCUAGAAACGCUAGCUGAUUCAGAAAAUGAAUUAUUGAAUCAAACUGAAUUGAAAAUAAUAUUUGGUCAUCUACCUCCAAUUCAUCACACUCAUACCGUGAUGUUAGAAGAACUUAGACAGCUUGCAAGCUGUUGGAAGGAAGAGAGCAGUGUUGGCAAUGUAUUCUUAAAAUAUUCCUCAGAAUUAAUGAAGGCGUAUCCUCCUUUCAUCAACUACUUUGAGAACAUGAGAGAAAUGCUAUUGAAAUGUGAUCAAACGAAACCAAGGUUCCAUGCAUUUCUGAAAGUAUGUCAAACAAAGCCUGAAUGCGGUCGCCAAACUUUAGUGGAACUAUUAAUCCGUCCUGUCCAACGAUUACCCAGUAUUAGUUUACUUUUGACAGAUAUUCUAAAGCAUACCUCAAAAUCUAAUCCGGAUCAUUGUGCCUUAGAGGCUGCCUUAGCUAGUAUUAGAGAAGUAAUGACACAUAUCAAUGAAGACAAAAGGCGCACUGAGUCUCAGCUUGCUGUUUUUGAUAUUUUCAACGAUAUCGAAAAUUGCCCGCCCCAUCUAGUUUCUUCUCACCGAAGUUUUAUCUCCCGGUGCGAUGUUGUAGAACUGAGCGACUCGUUGAGUGGCCGAGGAGAUUCUUUAGCGUUUUUCCUUUUCUCAGACAUAGUUGAAGUUUGUAAAAAACGAUCUAAAGCUUUUAAUACGCUCAAGAGUCCCAAAGAAGCUGGUGUCAAAAUGAAUAGUGGGAAAAUGUUCAAACAUGUAAAGCUAAUGCAUCUAUCAACUCUAAAACGCGUUAUUGACAUCAAUGAAACUGAUGAUUGCCGUAAAGUAUUUGCCCUAAUGUGUAGAAAUAACCAAGAACUGAAAGAGAAACUCUAUUCUUUUGCAAUUACGGAUGAUUCUGUAGACAAAAUGACGUUUCUGCGUACUUUGUGUAGACAAAUGGCCAAUACUGUAUGCAGAGCAGAUGCUGAAAACUUUUUAGCCUCUCUCGACCCGGAACAACUGGACAUCGAGACAAGUGAUGUAUCCACUGGCACUCUCAGCAAAGCAUUCAAAUUUGCCUCGAGAACAAGGAUAAAAGUAGGAAGAGCUUUUAGUUUCAACAAAACACCAAGUAGGUUGAAACGAGCUAUGUCAACAAUGAUGAGUCCAUUUGUUGAUUCGUCUCAGCUGUCUUAAAUACCCUCAGGAGCAAUAUGCACCCAACCGUCGAUCCUUCACAACUGUCCUAUUUUUUGUUGUAUAAUUGUAAUGAGUUUUGUAUAUUUUUAUUUUGUAUAAUUCAUUUUUUCUUUUUUGGCCUUAGAUUUUUUUUUUGAAAUCUAGGUAUGUAUUUUAUUGUAUUCAUCUUUUCUUCCUAUUUGAUUUUGUAGUAUUUGAUUUGUACAAAAACAUUAUUAAUCUAUUUUUAACCAUUAUUUUAAGUUCAAACAAUCAAGUGAAUUUGUACUGCAUCUAUUUUCAAUAACUUUUUGUAUUGCCCCAAGUGCCAAAUCAAAUCAUAGCUAUCUAAAUUGACCAAUGCUAAGUUGCAUGUUUCCCCCCAUCUUUAUGAUUAUUUUUUAUCACAAAAAAAUAAUUUUUGAAAGAAAUCAAUAAUUGUAGUGGUCAUCAUAUUUUAAGGAGUAAAGUUACUCCUUACCAAUUAUCCCGGUAUUUGUGAUCAUUAUUUUUCCGUACUGAUUUUUUUCUACUUCCAAGACUCUAAAAUUGCUUUGAG